UAAAGAUUUUAAACGGACUCUCAGCAUUUUAUCUACAGAAUUUAAAAGCGUGAAGUUUGAAGAUUCAAAUUCUUUGCAUUUUGGGAUUUUAAUUUAUUUUUAAGGAUCGUGUUUGUGAAGUUAGAGAGAGGAUUAUUUUGCAGACAGACGCUGAUUUUGACUCCUUUUUCGAGUUUGUCGUUCCACCCGCAGCAGCGGCAAAUUCGAGUAAGAAGCUUCAGCGCCGAGUCUGAUCCGCUGUGCCGAGUCUGAUCCGCAGUGCUGAGUCUGAUCCGCAGUGCUGAGUCUGAUCCGCUGAGCUGUUUCCCGUCUCCAGGAUGUCCGAGGCUGAUCAGAUCUCCAGCCUGGUGUACGAUCGGUACCGCUCUCUGCCCCGGAGAGGAAAGCCCGAGGCCGGGCUGCAGUGGACUCUGCUGGCCGCCGUGCUGAAGAUCAGCGAGGGAGCAGCCGGGCAGAGCGUCCAGAGGGAGGUCGUGGCUUUGGGCACUGGAACCAAGUGUAUCGGCCGCAGCGCGAUGAGCCCGAAAGGUGAUGUGUUGAAUGACAGCCAUGCGGAGGUGAUCGCACGCAGGAGCUGUGUGAGGUAUCUGACGGAGCAGCUGUGUGCGGCGCUGCGUGGUGACCAGAACUCCAUUUUCUGUCCUGCUGAUCAGAAAGGAAAAUGGAACCUCCGGCCUGGAAUCUCCUUCAUCUUCUUCAGCAGCCACACACCCUGUGGAGACGCCUCCAUCAUCCCCAUGAUUGACAGCCAGGUUCAGCCAUGUCCACCAAUAAAGGCAGAGCAGGACAGCUGGGUGACCAAUCAGGACUCAGAGACUGUAGGAGAGAGGCGGAGUGAAGAGACCGGAGGAGUGAGGAAGCGCCUGAAAGUCUCAGCAGAUGAUGCACAAACCGGUGAUGAUUCACAGGCAGAACAUGAAACCGCAGUGGAAGAAAACGCUGAAGCUGCGAAGAGCAACUCCGUCCAGCAGCCUGACAUCCACCGCACCGGGGCCAAGUGUGUUCCUGGGGGCCCGGCGGACCCCCUGGGUCCCGGUUCAGAGUACCACAGCGUAGGGCUGCUGCGGGUGAAGCCCGGCCGGGGAGAGCCCACCCUGUCGCUGUCCUGCAGUGAUAAGCUCGCCCGCUGGACCACUUUGGGCUUCCAGGGGGCCCUGCUGAGCCACUUCCUGCAGGGGGGGCUCUACUUCAGAGCAGUGGUGGUGGGGAAGUGUCCGUACAGCCAGCAGGCCAUGGAGAGAGCACUGAACAGGUGUGCUCAUGUGUCCGGUCUCCCUGAGGGGUUCUCUGUCCAUCCCCCAGAGAUCAUGCAGUCCAGUCUGGAGUUCACCCACAGCCGCACAAACACCCGUCCAUCCCACAGUGACACGCAGGGCAGAGUGGUGCCGUGUGGAGCAGCUGUGAGCUGGUGUGCCGUCUCCAGGCAGCCUCUAGAUGUCACCGCUAACGGCUACAAGCAGGGAGUUACCAAAAAGGCUCUGGGGACGCCGCAGGCUCGGUCUUUAAUUAGCAAGGUGGAGCUCUUUCAUUCUUUCCUGAAACUGCUGGCUACAGCUGAUGACUCUCAGCUCCCAGAAUCCCUCAGGGGUAAGGAGCUGAGGUCAUACUGGGACUAUAAACAGGCGGCGGAGGAGUACCAGCAGGCCUGGGAUGUGCUGCGGUCUCAGGUGUUCCCUCUUUGGCCCCGAAGCCCCCGCGAGCUGCUGCUGUUCUGCGGGGACCCCCCUAGUGCCCCCAACAGAUCGGAUUCAGCUUCAUCAGGACAGCAGCAGUCCUAA